CUCCUGGUCUCAUCUGAUUAGUGUGCGUGUGCCGGGGAACACUUUGAGUUGGCUCGGUAAUAAGCAUUACGAGGCGGUCUGCCGGAGCUCAGUCCGUGGGAGGGGUCUGCCAAACCUUUCCCUCUAAUUGACCAGGGAGCAGAAGCAGCCGGGGGAUGCGAGCAGCCGCAGCCGGGCAGAGAGGUCCUCAGCAGGCGGAGUACUGACACAUGAGAAACGGACGCAUGGGCUUAACUAAACGGGGGAGCCAGCCUGAGGUCCAGAUGGCUGAUCUCGAACUGUUGUACUUUGAUCAGCCCGAUCCGAGAGACGCCUCUCUGGGUUUGAAUCAGCAAAGUAUCAACGAGACCGAGGCUCUUGAUCCCGGCGGAGGAGAGCGUCCAGCACCAUGGACAGAGACCCGGAGAGCCGCGUGGACCGAGGACGAAACGGAAACAUCUUUCACCUGCAAACCAGCUGAGGAAGAAGAAGAAGAAGAAGAAGAUGUCCAGCUGAUAGAGACAAGUCCACAAAGCUGCAGACUGAGUCAGAGCUCCUCAAGUGAACUGUACGAGGAGGAGGAGGAGGAGGAGGAGGAGGUGUUGGAGGAGGAGGACAUCCCGGAACUUUACUUGCUGUCCGAUGAAGACCUCUCCACCGACGGCUCGGGGAAGUCUGUGGAUUACGGCUUCAUCAUUGCCGUCACAUGCCUGGUGACUGGCAUCUCACUGGUCGCCAUAUCCUACACGGUCCCCAGGGACGUCCGGGUGGACCCGGACAGCGUGUCCGCCCGGGAGAUGGAGCGUCUGGAGAGGGAGAAAGCCAAGGUGGGUGCCCAUCUGGACCGCUGCGUCAUAGCGGGACUGUGCCUGCUCACCCUCGGGGGCGUGCUGCUGUCCACCCUGCUCAUGGUCUCCAUGUGGAAGGGGGAGAUGAUGAGGAGGAAAGCCUUCGCAUAUUCCAAACACGCUGCAAAGUUGUACGGCUCCAUCAGUUUGAGAGCAGGAUCCAGCCCGACUCGGGAGUCCUGCUCGCAUUUGUCAGCAGCUGAUGAGGAUUUAGAAGUGCUCAGCUGAAUCUAUGGACAGGACAAGA